AGCCAGUUAGCAAAGCAGCUCGCAGGCACUCCACCGGCGAGGCAUCGAUGUUGUUGACAGUCAAUUUUCGUGUCAGUGCCAGUGCUGAGGCAACGCUGAAGGCGUGCGAACAGUUAGCAAUCACUACAGAAUAUAACACAAAAUAAAGCUACAACAAAAACCAACACACACACACACAAGUCGGCAAACAGUCAAACGUUCGAGUUGCUGAAAGUCGUGUAAGGGCCAAGUGCUGGCUGGUGUCUGUCUGUCUGUCAAUUUUAGUGUUGCAACAAGAGCAUUUGAAACUGGUGGUGCAAAUAGCAGCAGCAGCAGCAAGCGUGCUACCGAAAGUGUGGUACAAAUCCCAGAACAACACGUUCAGCAUCACAUUUCAUUGAAAGGAGGUGCUGCUGUGUAGUGCGAAUGAUGGCCACGACUACGACGACGGCGGAAGUGCUGUCAAAACAAAAGGCAACUGCCGAAUUGUAUGGCAGAGUAGGGCGGCGUAGAAACAGCAACAGAAAUCUAAUCGUUGUGUUAUUUCUGAUUAGCAUGCUGAUGGCAUUGCAGACGACAAGCGUUUCGGGUCUACGUUGCUUCACUUGCACCUAUUUACAAGAAUAUACGGAUAAUUCAUGUGUAGUGGAUGCUAAUUCUACACGAAUCACCAAUUGUUCGAAGAAAUACUGUACGAUUAUGCGUCAAGAAUCGCUGAAACCAUCUGGAAAAGUGAUUUCCUUCAUACGCGAUUGCUUGGACAAACCACUGUACUUGAAUGCCGUUAAAACCGAUUCGACUUUUAAAACUUUCUAUCGCAGCUGCACCACAGACUUUUGUAAUGACUCAGAUGGUAGAACGGCGGCAACAAAUACAGAUCCCAAUUUUGGUGCUUCCGUAAAUAUGAUUAUCAAGGGCAAACGGCACUAAUAACUGUAUAUUAUUAUUAUUAUAUAUUA